CUCAUUUGGACUCCAAAAUAUUUUGUUUUCUUAUCAGGACACUGGCCAUGUCUGAAAGUAUUGUAAGGAAGGUACAGCCCUUCACCAUUGGGACAAGGCUGUCUGUCCCUGCUGUACCAAAAUGCCAGGACUUUGCAGAAAGUUAUUUGCAGAGCCAGAGUCUAGAUAACUGCACAUUACAGCACAACCUGAACUCGCUCUACCUCAGUCGAUCGCAGGUAUGUGCACAUGGCCCCUGCCUUGUCUCACCCAUUGCCAAGCAAGUAGCCCCUGCGGAAUGUAACCAGGAGGACAUGGCAGCUGAGGACCACCUGAACCAGAACGUCGCCUCUCCAUCUGCUGUUUCCAGAUCCAUCAAGAAGAUCACAAUCUCUGGGAGUAAAGAACGAUCAGAGGACAAGGUGUCAGUCGGACCACCACAGCUCUCAGUCACAGGGUCCACAUCUGAGAACAACAAUAACAACAACAACAUCACCAGCACAUCAGAUCCACCUUUACCCAGGAUUGUGGGAGUAAGCUGUGAGAAUAAACCCAGUUCUCAAUUCAAGGUUUUACUCAGAAAAGACAGCAGUGAUGAAUAUCAAGCCAUGCAGGAACAAACCAGUACGAAACUGAACGGAGAGAAAUCCCAACAGAUUUCAGUGCCUGAAUCGCAGAGGAAGGAGGCUGAGAGGAAAGAAAGUCAUUUACACACACAGAGCGAGGGGUCUGCAGCUGUUACGUCCCAGAGUGACUGCUUCACUCAGCGCAACUCUCUCUUCAACAAGGAAGUGCUGCAGGCAGAGGCAUGGAUCAAAGGCAAGCUUCAGGACCUGAAGGAUGGCUGUAAUAUUCAGCGCUGCCCCCUGCAGGACUGGGAAGAAGCCUCGCAGACACUUCAGAGAGACCUCAAAGACUUUGAGAAUACCCUAAUUCAACUCAACCAGAUGGGUGAGCAGUUGAUCUGCAAGCUGAAUCCCACCUCUGACCUUGUGAAGAAGCAGCUCAGCCAGCUCAGGGACCAAUGGCAGACCCUAAAACAGACAGCUGCCAAUCAGACGAAGGCCCUUGGUGGAGCCAAGAACCUGCAGGAGUUCAACAAAAAGGUGGACAAGCUGGAGGCAUGGAUUAAAGAGAAGCAGGAAGAGGAACAGUCUCUGGUAAAUGUCCUGGGGGAAAAUGUCGACAAAAUGCAGCUGACCAGAAGAAUUUUAGAUCUGAAACAGGAUGAGCAGCUAUACAGAAACCUCCACGAGGAGAUCAACCACUUGGCCCUAAAACUGGAGAAACAAGGGAAGACAGAUGGCAAAAACAUCUCCAGCAAGAGGAAACACAUCAAUAAAAUGUGGCUGAAGGUCCAGUCUCAUCUGAAAAACUACCAUGAAAAUCUCCAGCUUGCACUGGAGGUGUCCUCAUUCUACCAGCAGGCUGAUAAUACAUUGUUUGCCAUUAAUAACAUGAAAAAAAGCAUAUCUGCCUCCAAAGAGUUGGACAGCUUCGGAGACAGGGAAAUACGUGACAUCGCCAGUCAAAUCAUGAUGCUAGAUGUGAGCGUGUCCCAGCUGUCUAAUCUGCACCCUGCCCUGGCUGCCGGUGUCACACAGAAACAGAGUGAAGUGAAGGACUGCUGGGCGCUUCUUCAGAAGGUUUUCAGGAGUGACAGGACCACACUCCCUCCCACUGGUUCCACUUUCACCAGGGAAGAUGCUGACCCCCUGACACCGGCCCGCGAACCCCAGGGCAAUGUGGGAAUGGAGACACAAAGGAUCAUGGGAAAAGAGGUGAAAGAAGAGCAGAAUCGUCUGAAAGGCUGUGUGAGUACCCUUGAAUGUGGGAGUGGUAGGAGAACAGCGAGCUGCCAAAGCCAGGAGCAGCAAUCAGUGAACCACACCUCUUCACCCAUGGGAGAUGGCUCGGCCUGUGCAAAUGAUGUCAUCGUCAGACAUCAAUUGAAGGGGGAAAGCAGGAAGCUCAGAGUUGAGCCGAAGCUUGCUGCUGCCCCGCGAGGCCACCCACAGCUUCACAUACAGCUCCAGAAGUUCACCGUGUCUGCUGACAAGACUCUGUCCUGGUUGAAAGACAAUGUGUCCAUGGCCACGCAGGUGUGUUCAAUAGCCAGUGUUGAGGGGCUGGAAUCAGCCAGGAGGUGCCAACAUGCUCUCGAACAAGAAAUUCUCACCAACAGAGCCAGGAUAGAGGUGGUCAAAAGGGAGGGCCGCGGGCUGGUCCGUGCACAGCACCCAGGCAGUUCCAAGAUCGAGGAGUUCCUCAGCCAGCUGGAGGUCCUGUGGGAAGAGCUGCGGAGGAGGCACCAGAGGAAUGCUGUGUUUCUGCAAGCCUCAGAGGAACUGGGUUUUAGGGUUGUGAAAGUGCUCCAGGCCCUGGGCAGCCUGGAGGCCUGGCUGGAGUCCGUGGAGCUUUCCAUGAAGGAGUCUUUGCUAGCUGGUGACCCUGAAACAAUGAGCAUGGCUGAGAGGGAAAGCUGUCUGCUGGAGAAAGAGGUGGCAGCACGCAGCCUGGAGCUCAGCGCUCUCAGGCAAGAGGUUGACCGCCUCCACGGCCACAGUCACCCACAUACACGAGGCUUGCCAGCACGUAUGGAGGAGGUGGAAAGAAAGUACCAUCGUGUCCAAAGUGCCCUGACCCAGCAGAGCUCCGAGUUGCAGGACACCCGAAUGCUGACGGAGUUCCUGGAGCGCGUGGAGCUGGAGGAGAGCCAGGAGCUUAAUGGUAGCCAGUACAGCCUGGGCCAGCCUCUCCACAGUGAGAUUUCUUCAGCUCCUGCCAUGCUGGAGCUCCAAAGCAACAGCAGUGGAGAGCCCCUGAUAGAAAGCAUGGGUGACCCUGUGGAGGAACUACGAGAGGCUGUGGAGAUGCUGAAUGACACCGUGAGAGAAAGAGGCCGGUCGCAGAGUCAUGACCAAGCUAUCCAGGAGCUGCUGAGCAAGCAUGCCAGGCUGGCUGUGCGCGUGGAGGAGUGUCUGUGCUGCAGCAAGGAGCUCAGCCUGGACAUCCUGGAGAAGGAGACAGACAUGGCCGUCCAGUGUGAGCCAGACCGCUGCGGCCUGGAGGCUCUGCAGGAGAAGCAGGACCACCUGGAGAUUGACUAUGAAGUCAUCAGAGAGGAAGUAAAGGAGAUGGAGGACCAGGCUUCUCGACUGGAGGAGCUGUGCCCAGAGCGAGUGCAUGUACUCGGGGCCAAGAUCCAGGCAACGCUGCAGGCGUGGACAGAGCUGGGAAUGAGUGUGACAGAGAACAAAUCACGUCUGCAAGAGUUUGUGCAGCUUCAGGACUUCUUCAGGAGCUACCUCGCCAUGAUCUCAUGGACAGAAGACACCAGGUCGUGCAUUUUCUCAGAUAUCGCCUUGCAUCUUGGAAAAGACGGGCAGAGGCCCUUGGCUGCAGAGCUGGAUAUGCAGAUUGAGCAAAAGUUUGACGAGUUUGACGAGCUGGCGGCCACAGGAAGAAACCUUUUGGAUAAAGAACACCACCUCACUCAGAUGGUAAGAGAGCGCAUGGAGGAACUGCGGAGUAUGCUCGGAUGGAUUUCGGUGCACUGGAGAGCUCAGAAACAACAGUGGCUUCACAAGAAGAGUAGACAGGAGUCUUCACAAGAUAACAUUUACUCUGAAGCCACAAUGUGCUCCCCAUUAACAGAGAGUCUAGCCCCUGACCUGGAGUCUUACGAGUCCCAUCAGUCCCUAGUCAUCACCUCAGAUGAAGACAAACCAAAUGAAGCAGUCCUGCCAUCCACACAAGCUGAGCAGCAGGAUGAGAAGCAGGCAGAGGACUGGUAUGAACUCAUGAAGAGCAUCGGAUCAAGGGGCAGUGAGACCUCCUCCCCAGAAUCUCCCAAACCCUCUGUUGUGGUCCUCAAAGAGGCCAGCAGUCCCUCUUUAGGGGGCACGGUCAACCUUAUCUUCAGCUUUGGUAACACAGGGGACAGCCAAGUUCAAGUGCUUGACCCGCCCGCUAGGACAGAUGAGGUAGUGGAGAAGACCUCUGAGCCUGUCCACAGGGUAAGUACCUACUUGCAUGUCAAGGAUAACAACUUGGCUGUGGCCCCUGUGUAUGAGAGUAUCACUCUGCCCCGCCAAAAGACUCGCUCUGCAGCCUCAGCCUCCCCUACUUUUUUGCCUUCCUCCUCCUCACCAUCGUUCGCAGUGCCUGCGCCCCAGACAACCAACGUGUCCUUCCACCCUUUGACGAGGAGCGGCAGCAGUUCCAUCUUCAGCAGCCUCAAGAGAAUGGGCAAGAAGAGGAAGAGGAAGAGAGAUGCUCGCAGGCACACUAUCCAGAAAAUCAUGGGGGUGGAAGAGCAAACAGAUGAGCCUCAUUACGCCUGCGAGAUGAUCACAUAUGACACGCAUACGUGGCCGCUGAAGGAAGGUAGGAGGAAGAAAAGUACACCAAAGAAUGGGGAUGGAGUAGAAGCUAUGGCCUACAUGAAGAAUCCCCUGCUGAAGGACAUUGAUACAGACUGUGCAGGAGAGUACAGCACUAUACCAUAUGCUGUUUCAGAGGGGCCAAGCCAAGUGAGAGGCCACUGCAGAUUCCUCUCUUUAGGCUCUGUGCUGAGUUUCGACCUACCCAAGGACAUGACCCUCAUCCCUAGCAUUCAGGACAUCAUUACUAUCGCCCCCCCAGAGUCCAAGAAAGGAGCAGGGACCGAUCCAGACCCACACUCCCAGAGACACACAGCCCUAAGCUCUUUCAAACAGACUCGACCCACUCCUGUCGUCACACACAGUUCAGCAGACAUCAGCUUUUCUGAAACACAGACUUCAGCGGUUGUAGUGAAAGAUUUGCCUGAUAUAGACAGCAGUUUCCAACCAUCUCCGCCUUCCCUGGAAGAAGAGGAGGAUCAAACUGUACCAUGUAACGACUUAUCUAAAACCCAGUUCAGCCUCCAUGAGGAUGCAGAGCAGGAAUGGGACAAAAUGUCAUCAGAGGUUAAAACCAGUGCAGCUGUAAGGAUUGGGAACAGCCAGCCUUCCCAGCUCCCUAUUUACGUCAACCAAUCCCAUGCUUCCACUACAGCUGUACAUAAACACGAGUGCCCCAGUGUCCAUACACUGAUUCGAGACUUAAAUGGACACCAGUACCAUAGAAGUGCAAGACCUCAGAGCAUGCGUGAAGACAGUGGACAGUGCCUGAGCCAAGCUUCUCACAUGGUGGUGAAUCUGAAGUCAACAGUGAGUGUUCGUCAGGACUCAGUGGACUCUGGCAUCUCCAGCUCCAGCAGCAUCAAGCUUUGCUCGGAUGCACCAUGUACAGAUAACUCCCUGCCUAAGGGAGUGGUGGGUAGACUCCUGUCCCUUGAGGUGGGAGGUAUAGACUGCACUAAAAUGAAAGAGAACAAUGUAACAUUAUCUAAAGACUCAGAGGUACUAGAACCAGAGCCUGUCCACCUCGACCAUCAGCAGUUUGAAGAGGAAGAAGAAGAAUUGGAGGACAUCUGGAACCAAACUACUAAAUAUAGGCAGAGUAUCUGCUCAGAUAUCAUGUACCAACCCAACCAGGAAGUUUCCAUGUCCUCUGAACAAUCCAAAGAGCCCCUUUCCCGCUCACCUUCUCCUAAGGCCCCGGCCGUACUCUACAGGAACCUGGUCACAGCCUCAGCACCAAACCUCCUUGUGGCUGAGUUCAAGCUGCCCUCCUAUGUCCAGAGCUUGCUGGGUUACGACAAGGAGCAGAGUCCCAAAGGUCACCAACCUCCGCUGACUGUAGGAGACAGGAGGUCCUGGGCCGCAUUUCCUAACAGGGAACAAGCCAGCAAGAGCGCAGUGGUUGUGAACGAGACGGCAUCCGAUCCAGUGAAGCUGCCGGAUGUAGGGGACAAUCAGAGAUACAUUUACCAAUACAGAGAGGAUGAGGAGGAGGAGGUGGAAGGGGCAAAGGUGGGGGAGGAGGUGGAGGAGCACACAGGUUGCUCAAAGGACCAGUCAAUGAGUCUGCUGUCAGUUCACAUGGGUUUGGAUGGGGUCUCUCUUCAAAGCCUGGAGGACAUGGAGAUGCAGGAAGAAUCAAUGGCCACAGGAGGGCGCUGUAUCACUCUGAGUGGAAAGCCUGAGCUGCAGUCUAUGGAAGGAACGCUUGAGAGGAAGCACAAACUACAGCUGGGAGGAAAGAAAGCAGCCUCCAGAGGCUGGAACUCCUACCAUGCUGUCCUGUAUAGACACACCUUGUGUUUCUACCAGGAUAGAAAGGACACACUGAGGAGUUCUGUAUGUGGCCUGCCUCUGAACCUCAUCGGAGCUGAAUGUUCAUCUGCACCAGAGUACACUAAAAAGCCCAACUGCUUUCGUCUGCGGCUGCGUGAUGGUUCUGAGUAUCUUCUUAAUGCCUCCUCACGCUUCAUGAUGAAGAAAUGGAUGAUGAAAAUACAAGCAAACACAGGUCUGAAUGAGUCCGGGUCUUCAAUAUUAAGCAUCCCUGUUGAUCAAGACUUCCCCAUUUCCUCAAAGCCCUCCUUCUGUUCUGGGUGUCACGGUUUGGCCAAAUGCCACUGCUCCUCCCGACAUGAUGUCACCUCCACGUUCUCCAGGCUAAAACCACUGGGCGCCGCCCAAGCCAAAGAGAUUGUUGUCCUCACCAGAGAAUUCAGUCACAUGCCGCAGAGUCACUUAAGGAGUUUGGAUGAGCAAUCGACCAUUUCAUCCUCACAUGACGGCUGCUGCGAUGAUGAUGAUGAUGAUGGCAGUAGUAUGAUGCAGACAGUGACUCACAGACUGUCAGGAGGAUCCAGAGACAACAGCUCAUCCUCCCCUCUCUCCCCUGUAUCCAGCGGUCAGGACUGGCUCAGCAACAAGCGUCGCUCUCACUCCUUCACAUCAGCAACUUACCAGAAGAUCAAGCCUAUGUUGCACACCUCUGGAGGCAGGGGCCUGGAAAGAGGCUCUAAUUACUGUGUGACUCUGGUGGUUGGAGACAAGUCAUCAGACAGCACGUCCGUAAGCAGAAGCACUGAGCCUCCGCUGCUUGCCAUGGCUGGAUGGCAGCAGGACAACUACCAGGACGCUGCUCUGAGGAGCUACGCUAGCUUGCCGCGGCCACGCAACAAGUCCGUCUUUAAAAAGUUCUUUGGGAAAAAAGACCUUUGAGGGUUUUUUAAAAACAAUGACGAUUUUUACAAAUAAAGGAUUUUACAAAUAGUUUCUAUUGUGCAGUGCACAUGUUUGUUUAAGAGCAAAAAAUGCUACUACUGACUAUAUUUAUGAUCGGAAGAACUACCACAUUUUUAUUUUUGAUGUGCCUUAAAAAAUCACUUCAUGGGCUGAAAAGUAUUUACAAUACGAGUGUGUUCUUUUUCAGUUUUUUGGUUCAUGUGAAAGGAACAAUACUGUGUGAGUGUGCACUGUAUAGCUGUAGAUUUGAUUAACUCAAAGACACGUUUUCCCACCAGUCUUAAUUUUGUAUUUGUCUUUUGUAUCUUUUUGGAUUGUUGUGUUAUUGGGUUAACUGUCAAUGUACAAAAACAGCAACAGCUCAGUUAGAAAUCAGUUUAGAAAUUACAUUUGCAUAGAAGUGAUAUCACCACGACUCAAUAGCCUUUUAAUAAUAUACUGAACUCAUACAUUACUGCACUAGAUCAUCACAGCUCCCUUUCUUCACAUGUACAGUGUGUGGUGCACCAAACCCUUUCCCUUAUACUUAUACAAAGAUCAGCAGUUUGAUACUGCUUGCGCUUGUUUGAUAUUAACACUUCUUAAAUACUAAUUGUA